AAUGAAAACCCAUCCCAAAAUCUCUCACCGCCAUUCACAAGCAAGGGUGGGGCCAACCGAUGUUCACCGAUCAGUACUCGCACUAUUAGCUGAUAGGUGUCACAUAACGUCCUCAACUCGGAGCUCAUCGGGAUGGGAUGCUGGAUCUUGCACCCGAUGGGCAUCUCGCCGACGCCCGUAGAGGACCCUUCGCUUCUCUCUUCUCCGCCUACCAAAUUCGCCUCCGCUUCCAAGCUUAGAAGCGGCGUCGUCUACCGAAAGCCCCAAUUCCUCACCCAUCGAUGGCUCUGCGCCCCAAAUCCCCAACCUCGCCCACUCCGUCUCGCCGCGUCCGCCGCUGGACCCCCGGAUGAGGAGGAGGCCGAGGAAGCCCCGGUCCAGGAACUUAGGGUCCCCGAAGCUUGGUUGACCCCUUCGAACGCUUUACAGGAAUCAGAAUGGCUUAGAGUAACUCUUCACAAGUGGCUGGACGACGAGUAUUGUCCCGAAGCUGCUAAUGCAGAGAUCAGCAAGGUUGCUGCACGCUCAUACUAUGAGUCCUUGAUGGAGCAGCAGUCAGACCUGGGCGAAAUAUUGCUGAAGAUGGCAAAGGAUUUGGAGAUGGUAUCAUUCCAGGAAAGCUUCCAUGGAGCCUUCUCAUCCGCUAAUGCUGCCAUACACUUAGUAACUCUGCGGAUGAACUCGAUGGCAGGGCGGUAGGUUCAUAUGAUAUGAUGGAGACAUCUUUGUGGUGAUUGUUUUGUGAUCCAAGACAUGCAAUCCCUGAGUGUGAAAGAAUUACUUGGAGCAUAACAAGAAUGCUCUCCUACAACUUA